AAGAUCCUUCGGUUGAAGAAAAUUAUACAUCGGAGACGACUUGAGAGGAGAAAACGAAAGCCUCGAUCGAUCUCCAAUUCCAGAUUGAUUCUCGACGAGCUCACGCCAAGAAUUGUUGCUUUCUCCCCAGUUUUUUCUGUUCAUCCGAUUAAGAUGAACGGAGGUCCUUCUGGUUUCAAUAAUGCUCCGGUCACGAGAGCCUUUGUCAUCGCGAGCGCCCUUUUCACUUUCUUCUUGGGGAUCCGAGGAGGUUCUUCCAAGCUCGGGUUGUCUUACCAGGACGUUUUCGAGAAGUUUCGGAUAUGGAAGUUAAUCAUAUCGAAUUUCGCCUUCUCUUCCACACCAGAAUUGCUCUUUGGCUUGUACUUGCUGUACUACUUCCGUGUCUUUGAGCGACAGAUUGGUUCUAAUAAGCACUCGGUUUUCAUCUUGUUCUCUGGGUUUGUAUCACUGAUACUAGAGACCAUUUUGUUAUCAUUGUUCAAAGAUCCUACAGCAAACCUACUAACAUCUGGACCAUACGCCCUCAUAUUUGCUUCCUUCGUACCCUUCUACUUGGACAUUCCAGUUUCAAAGAGGUUUCACAUAUUUGGUAUACACUUCUCUGAUAAAUCCUUCAUAUAUCUAGCUGGUGUCCAGCUUUUACUAUCAUCUUGGAAAAGAUCCAUCGUUCCUGGAAUUUGCGGCAUAAUUGCUGGUUCCUUGUAUCGGUUGAACAUCUUUGGUAUCCGCAAGGCAAAGAUCCCUGAGUUCGUGGCUUCGUUAUUUUCUCGGCUUUCUUUGCCAUCCUCGAGCAGCCAUUCUCAACCACCAAGAAGGACAUCACCCAACUUAACUCGCCAAGCAAGAUCGUAUCAAGCUCCAAUUCCGUCAAGUAUAGAGCCAUCUGAGGAAGCCGUAGCUACUUUGGUAUCUAUGGGAUUUGACCAGAACGCAGCAAGACAGGCGCUUGUACACGCCAGAAAUGAUGUCAACGCAGCCACCAACAUUCUUCUUGAAGCUCAC